AUGUGGUCAGGCGUUCGAGGACUGCAUGUACUUCAUUCUUGACGAGUUUCCUUUUAUGGAUCUCUUUGUCGCGGCAAUCACCGAUCUGAGUUUUCGGAACGAACAUGUGGUGAACCUUAUUUUCUGUACCGUCCACCGACCAAAAGUCCACUCGAGCACCGUCCUCGCCAGCCUUCUCCUCGUUAAAAUGGAUUCCUCAAAAGCCCCCGUCAAGCUCGCAACUGUCGUCAAGGUCCUCGGCAGAACUGGUUCUCGUGGAGGUGUCACUCAAGUCCGUGUCGAGUUCAUGGACGAUGCCAACCGAACCAUCAUCCGUAACGUGAAGGGCCCCGUUCGUGAGAAGGAUAUUUUGGCUCUCCUGGAGAGUGAGCGUGAGGCUCGUCGUCUCCGGUGAUUUCACCUCAUCUCGUGGUUUCUUUGCAUCGUCGAUCGCUGUCGUCCUAGCCUCACCCAUUUUAUUUCAUUGUAU